UGCUGAGGUUUUCUGAGUUUUCAGUUUGAAGCUCCUCCCACAGACGUGGAGGGUCUUUGAUAAGACAUCAAACACGCGAGCGACACACACACACACGCAUGCAUGUGCCACAUUCCUGCGGAUGUCGUGCUUCACUGAGGUGACAUCAUCUGAGCCUAAAAGUCCUCCGGUGCCGUAGCCAUGCAGCAGGACCGCCCACGUUACGUGAUUGACAGGCCGGCAUAUAACCUCCAAGACUUUGACGCGGAAUUUGACAAGAAGAGCCGACAGUUCCCCGUCGGGGAGAAAGUAAAGAAACACUUCAGAUGCUCCGUGCCUCGACUGAGGAGCGUGCUGCUCAGACACCUGCCUGUGCUGAGCUGGCUCCCCAAGUACAAGGCCAAAGACAACCUGCUGUGUGACGUCAUCAGCGGGGUCAGCGCCGGCACCAUUCAGGUCCCCCAAGGCAUGGCUUUCGCUCUGCUGGCGAACCUUCCUCCUGUCAACGGCCUCUACUCCUCCUUCUUCCCCCUCAUCCCAUAUUUCUUCAUGGGCACUGCUCACCAGAUGGUCCCAGGUACCUUCGCCGUCCUCAGCAUCAUGGUGGGGAUCGUGUGCCUCCGCUUGGCCCCAGAGUCGGACUUCAGCCAUUUCAACGCCACCAUUAAUGCUACAGUAGUGGACACGGCCAGGAUGAACGACGUUCGCUUGGGAAUCUCUGGAACCUUAGCCUGCCUCACCGCCAUCAUACAAAUCGGCCUCGGCUUCAUGCAGUUCGGCUUCGUAGCCAUCUAUCUGUCUGAGUCCUUUGUCAGAGGCUUCAUGACUGCUGCAGGGCUGCAGAUCCUGAUCUCAGUGCUCAAGUACAUCUUCGAUAUCAAAGUUCCCCCGUACAGUGGCCCACUGGCUGUUAUAUAUACUCUUGUGGAUAUUAUUUGUGGACUUCCAGACACCAACAUAGCUUCGCUGGUGUUCGCUCUGGUCAGCAGCGUGGUUUUGAUUGUGGUGAAGGAGCUGAGUGCACACUACCGCCACAAACUGCCCUUCCCCGUCCCCAUGGAGAUCAUCAUUGUGGUGGUGGCCACAGCUGUCUCAGGCCCUCUGCACCUGCCUGAAAAGUACCACAUGGACAUCGUGGGGGAAAUCCCUUUGGGCUUCCCAGCUCCCAUCCUGCCAACAGUGAGCCAGUGGGAGGACAUGCUGAGCACGGCCUUCUCCCUGGCCAUCGUGGGGUAUGUCAUUAACUUGGCUAUGGGCAGGACGCUGGCAGCCAAGCACGGCUACGAUGUGGAUCCCAACCAGGAAAUGCUGGCUCUCGGCUGCAGCAACUUCCUGGGCUCCUUCUUUAAGAUCCACGUGAUCUGCUGCGCGCUGUCGGUGACCCUGGCCGUGGACAGCGCUGGGGGAACGUCCCAGUUCGCCAGCCUGUGCGUGAUGCUGGUGGUGAUGGUUACCAUGCUCGCACUGGGAGCCUACCUGAAGCCACUUCCAAAGUCGGUGCUUGGAGCCUUGAUCGCGGUCAACCUGAAAAACACUCUCCUGCAGCUCGCUGAUCCCUACUUCCUGUGGAAAAAGAGCAAAUUAGACUGUUGUGUUUGGGUCGUGUCAUUCUUGGCCACGUUCUUUCUUAGCUUGCCUUACGGAGUUGCUAUCGGAGUGAGCUUUUCCAUCCUGGUGGUCAUAUUCAAAACACAGUUUCGUAAUGGUUCAGCAGUGCUUCAGAUUGUGGACACAGAUCUGUACAAAAACCCCAAAGUAUACAGUAAGGUCAAGUCCAUAACGGGUGUGAAAAUCGUGAACUACUGCUCGCCGCUGUAUUUUGCCAACGCUGAAAUCUUUCGCCAGAGGGUCGUCAGAAAGACCCAGUUGGAUCCGGGCAAACUCAUUCUGGCCAGACGCAAGUUUUUAGAGAAGGAGCAGCGGGAGAAGGUGAAAGAGGAGAAGAAGGAGAAGGACACGCGGAGGAGGAAACCCAGCUGCCUGGUCAACAUGAAGGCUCAGACCUUAUCUCGGCUCGAGCUGCAGAAUGACUUUGAUGAUAAUAACAGCGGUGCCGACAAACCCGAGCCUCCUACCAGCUAUAUCAACAUCCGCUCCAUUGACGCCGAGCUGAGCGAGCAAAAGCAGGAGCAGGAGCCGCGCGCUCCUCCCGCCGCCGCCCUGGAGCCGCAGCCCACGCCCUUCCACACGCUGAUCCUGGACCUGGGGGGGGUCUGCUUCAUCGACCUGAUGGGCGUCAAGGUGCUGACGAAGAUGAACUCAAGUUACGCAAAGCUCGGCAUUAAUCUGUACCUGGCCAACGUUCAAGCCCAGGUCUAUGAGGAGCUGGAGGCCGGGGGAGCCUUUGAAGACGGCGCUAUUUCGCGCAGCAAUCUCUUCCUCAGCGUCCACGAUGCCAUGCUGUCUGCUCAGCACAACGCUGGCGGGCGGCGAAUCUGCCUGGAGGCUGCAGACGCCGACAGCGAGACAGGAACUUACCUUUAACAUUGACGAGGAGCUGGACCUGGAGCAGGAAAUGUUCUGAGCGCUCAUUGCUGCAGUGAAAAUGAGGAGAGGGAACGCGCUCAUCUUCAACGUCGGCGUCAUUUAUGGAGGCUUUUGUUGCUAAAACUCUUUCUGUGCCCAUUUUUUGCUGAGUGUCAAUUAUCUAAAUAAAGUGCAGGUCGGUGCACGGGGCCCCGACAACAAGCGAA